AUGGCUGCCAACGGGACCAACGGCGACUCGGCUGCCACCGUUGACGAUAUCAAACCCCCCGCCGGCGUUGUUCUGCCGCCUCGCGAAAUUCGCAACAUUCUCGAAAAGACUGCCGGCUACGUCGCGCGUAACGGCGCCGUCUUCGAGGACCGCAUCCGCGACAAGGAGCAAACUAAUUCCAAGUUUAGCUUCCUGAACCCUGAAGAUGCCUACCACGGAUACUACCAAUGGCGCCUGACCGAGGUGCGCGCUGGACGAGGAACGGACGUUGCUGCCGGUCGCGCGGGAGAGGCUGCAAAAGAGCCCGAGAAGCCCCAAGGCCCUCCUAAGCCACCCGAUUUUCAAUUUUCGGCGCGUAUGCCCAGGAUCAAUCAGAAAGAUCUGGACAUUAUCCGCCUUACGGCCCUCUUCGUAGCCAAGAAUGGACGUCAGUUCAUGACGCAACUCGCGCAGCGCGAGGGUGGCAAUCCGCAGUUCCAGUUUCUCAUCCCCAACCACACGUUUCACAACUUUUUCCAACACAUAAUCGACCAAUAUACGAAAUUAUUACGAGCGGGCGGCCUAGGCGGCGAGGGCGGGAAGCUUCAGGAAGAGCAAAUGGCCGAGCUCGAGAAGAACAUUGCCGACAAAUUCUACGUGCUCACACGCGCAAGGCAACGAGGCGAAUACAUCAAAUUCCAGGAGCAGGAAAAGGCACAGAAGGAAGAGCAGGAACAAGAAGCCAAGGCAGAAUUUGCGCGCAUCGACUGGGGCGAUUUUGUCGUUGUCGAGACCAUCAAUUUUACCGACGGCGACGAGACAGCCAAUCUGCCGCCACCCACGAACCUCUCCGAGUUACAAUACGCCUCGCUAGAGGACAGAAACAAGGCCUCCAUCAGUGCCAACUUGCGCAUUGAGGAGGCCAUGCCUGGUGAAGAGCUGGAGCAAAACGGUUACUCUGCAGCUGCGCCAGCAUCAGCGCCAGCCUAUCCGCUACCAGCCUACCCUGGCUAUGCUCAACACCACAAUCAAGCACACUAUCCGCCCCAGAUACCUCAACCACCGCAAAAGUCCGCGCAAGAGCUCGACGAGGAGCGUAGAAUACAGGAACGCGCCGAGGCCCAGGCUCGAAUGCAGCAAGCUCAGAACGUGGCCCGUGGCGGUGCGCCUCCGAUGAAGAUUCGAGAAAAUUACGUACCCGGAGCCCAAAAGGCUAAGAAGGUACAAACUGCAAUGUGCCCGAAUUGCAAGCAACAGAUUCCUAUCAAUGAAAUGGAGGAGCAUAUGAGAAUUGAACUUUUGGAUCCUCGAUGGAAGGAACAAAAAUCAAAGGCCGACGCCCGUCAUGCCCCAUCCAACAUGUCACAGGUCGACGUGGCCAAUAACCUGAAGCGACUCGCCAGCCAGCGUAGCGACGUCUUUGAUCCCGUUACCGGUCAGGCCGUGUCCGAAGACGAACUUGCUCGAAGGAAAAAGGCUGCCAUCAACAGCUUCGAUGGCAAUCCCGAGGGUCAGAGCCAGGCACACAUGAGCCAUUUGCAAGGCAUGAACGUCGAGGAGCAAAUUCGCGCUAUUCACCAAAAGUUUGCAGACAAGAAGAGGGCAAGCGGGGAGAAGAGGGGCUCUUCCGAAGCGCUCUUGACGUCGCCCGAUCUCUUUGGCAGUGGACGGUGCAUAGAAGAGCGAGACCGCAACGACCAACGAGACAAAUCGUACCAACUACCGUUGCGCCAGGCCAUCCACGAGCGCGUGCCACAACUUGGGGCGCUUGCCGUUGCCCAGACGUUGAGUUCCAGUUUCAUUUUCAAAACCGCCAAACUGUCGGGCCAUCAGAUUGCCGGCUCGGGCGCCGGCUCAAACCAGCCCUCUGCUUCCUCCCCUCCGACCGGUACCUCGCCGCCCCCCAAGAGCCCCGAUCUGCACCGGCCAAUCAUGCAAGCUUUGCCCGAUCACCGCCAGCAGAGCUUCGACGAGAUCUACGGCCCGCCAGAGAACUUUCUCGAGAUUGAGGUCCGCAAUCCGCGAACGCACGGCAUGGGACGCUCCAUGUACACCGACUACGAGAUUCAGUGCCGCACCAACAUCCCCGCCUUUAAGCUGCGCCAGAGCUCAGUCCGCCGCCGCUACUCAGACUUUGAGUACUUUCGCGACAUUCUCGAGCGCGAAAGCGCCCGCGUGACCAUUCCGCCCUUGCCCGGCAAGGUCUUUACGAACCGCUUCAGCGACGACGUGAUUGAGGGGCGACGCGCGGGCCUGGAAAAAUUCCUCAAAAUUGUGGUGGGACAUCCGCUGCUGCAGACGGGCAGUAAGGUACUCGCUGCUUUCGUACAGGACCCUAAUUGGGACCGAAACGCUUGGUGA